AUGGAUGACGAAAACCCCUAUCAAGUCAAACGCUCCAUUCCCAUCGACUCCAAUAUCCCCCUGGACUCAGUACAACAACUCAUCCACGAAGCCAAGAACCCAGUGCGCGCAAGUCGCCAUGCGCCAGUUCCUCCUCCAACAGCGCUGGCCAAGAAGUCCAAGAUGCUGAAAGACUUGCGCAGAGCCACGGUGUGGAAGCACGGUACCCGGGAUUCGCAAGCUGAGCAAAUGGACGUUUGGUUUCCUAGUAUUCAUCACGCGAGGGAGGAUCAGAGUUCGUACGAGGAUGUGUCCGAGAAGGUGAUCAAGAUCAAGAAGGAGCCGCUUGACAACGAUGAGGCCGGUCUCAGCUCUCCAUCUUCAGACAUCGGGACCCUCGCGAAGUUGCCAGGUGAGCUCCGGAAUCGCAUCUACCGGUAUGCCGUGGUUCAGUCCGAGCCGGGUCCUGUCAAAGUUACCAUGCCGCCUUUUGCUUGCGCUCUGGGUGCUUGCCUCCACGCCCGCACCGGAUACAACGUCCCAGCUCUCGCUCAGACAUGCGCACAGCUGCGCUCGGAAGUGCUGCCCAUAUUCCUCGCGGAGAACGAGGGCUUCGAGUUUGACGCUGGAACGGUGCAGCAGAGUUGUGCGGGAAAUUGGCUUCGGAGUCUCGGAUCGUAUGCAGAUUUCGUGUCUGGGAUCACGCUGACAGUCGAGAGGGCGAUUUGCAGAGGAGAAGAAUUCAUCCGGUGGACCAGCUAUGCGUUUGAUGUCUACGUGCCAGGGAUGGAGUUCCACGGAGGUGUGCCAGACCGCUUCGUCAUCCUGCAGAAGCCCGAGGCAGUUGGCCUUGUCUGCCAAUGUGCUCUGGAGACCGUGGUGAAGGGGAUGAAUAGAAAGAGUUCCGCGACGCCGACGGGAGUCUUGUUGGAAGAGUUGGUGGAUUCGGAGGAGCUUGCUGAUCUCGUGUGGCAAUUGAAGAAGACGAAGGCGCAUGUAUCGCAUUUGAAGCGAUGCAAAGGCUGUUCAGGUUUGAUGUUCCAUCGUUGA